GCAGGGUUUGGGACUUCACGGACGGCGCCAGAUCCAUAUGCGAAUGGCGGCGGCUCCGGCGCCCUCCGCGGAGCUUGCAGCCAGCGUGGUGCCGCCGGCGCCGGUGGUGGUGCCCGCGCCCGACGGGUCGGCGCCGCUGCUGAAGGGCGCGCGGCCCGCGGCGGCGCGCGAGGCCUGGGCCGCCGAGGCGGCGCCGCAGCAGUCCCUGGCCGAGGAAGAGAUUGCACAGCUGCGCCGGGAGCUCGCCGCGCUGAAGGCGGCGGUGUCGCCAGAAGGCCCAGGCCAGUUCGUCGGCGAGAUGUCGCUCGCGGAUAUCGGGAAGCGUGUGCGCGAGAGGAAUGAGCGCUUCCGCUGCGAGAACGAGGAGCUGCGCAAGGAGAACGAGCGCCUCAGGGCGCUCCUCACCGCGGGCGCCCAGAGCUAGCCGAGCCGGCGGCUGGCCGCCUUGUGGCGCCGCCCCUACUCCUCCGGGGUCGAUGCUCUCUCUCUUUCUCUCCCUCUCUCUCUCUCCCUCUCUCGCUCUCUCUCUCUCUCUCUCUCCCUCUCUCUUCUCCAGCGCUCUUCUGCGGGCGCGCUCCGCAGACGCGUGCCCGGAGGCACGCAGUCUCGUUUUUGUGCUGUCCGCUGCAGAUACUGCGCGGGCGUUUUCUGCGAGGUCGCCUCUUUUUCGCGACAUCGGACCUCUAGGGUGCCCCCCCCCUGCCUCCUUCCUGCU